AGCGCCCGGGGCCACGAUGGAGCGCGACGGCUGCGCGGGGGGCGGGAGCCGCGGCGGCGAGGGCGGGCGCGCUCCCCGGGAGGGCCCGGCGGGGAACGGCCGCGAUCGGGGCCGCAGCCACGCUGCCGAGGCGCCCGGGGACCCGCAGGCGGCCGCGUCCUUGCUGGCCCCUAUGGACGUAGGGGAGGAGCCGCUGGAGAAGGCGGCGCGCGCCCGCACUGCCAAGGACCCCAACACCUAUAAAGUACUCUCGCUGGUAUUGUCAGUAUGUGUGUUAACAACAAUACUUGGUUGUAUAUUUGGGUUGAAACCAAGCUGUGCCAAAGAAGUUAAAAGUUGCAAAGGUCGCUGUUUCGAGAGAACAUUUGGGAACUGUCGCUGUGAUGCUGCCUGUGUUGAGCUUGGAAACUGCUGUUUAGAUUACCAGGAGACGUGCAUAGAACCAGAACAUAUAUGGACUUGCAACAAAUUCAGGUGUGGUGAGAAAAGGUUGACCAGAAGCCUCUGUGCCUGUUCAGAUGACUGCAAGGACCAGGGCGACUGCUGCAUCAACUACAGUUCUGUGUGUCAAGGUGAGAAAAGUUGGGUAGAAGAACCAUGUGAGAGCAUUAAUGAGCCACAGUGCCCAGCAGGGUUUGAAACGCCUCCUACCCUCUUAUUUUCUUUGGAUGGAUUCAGGGCAGAAUAUUUACACACUUGGGGUGGACUUCUUCCUGUUAUUAGCAAACUAAAAAAAUGUGGAACAUAUACUAAAAACAUGAGACCGGUAUAUCCAACAAAAACUUUCCCCAAUCACUACAGCAUUGUCACCGGAUUGUAUCCAGAAUCUCAUGGCAUAAUCGACAAUAAAAUGUAUGAUCCCAAAAUGAAUGCUUCCUUUUCACUUAAAAGUAAAGAGAAAUUUAAUCCUGAGUGGUACAAAGGAGAACCAAUUUGGGUCACAGCUAAGUAUCAAGGCCUCAAGUCUGGCACAUUUUUCUGGCCAGGAUCAGAUGUGGAAAUUAACGGAAUUUUCCCAGACAUCUAUAAAAUGUAUAAUGGUUCAGUACCAUUUGAAGAAAGGAUUUUAGCUGUUCUUCAGUGGCUACAGCUUCCUAAAGAUGAAAGACCACACUUUUACACUCUGUAUUUAGAAGAACCAGAUUCUUCAGGUCAUUCAUAUGGACCAGUCAGCAGUGAAGUCAUCAAAGCCUUGCAGAGGGUUGACGGUAUGGUUGGUAUGCUGAUGGAUGGUCUGAAAGAGCUGAACUUGCACAGAUGCCUGAACCUCAUCCUUAUUUCAGAUCAUGGCAUGGAACAAGGCAGUUGUAAGAAAUACAUAUAUCUGAAUAAAUAUUUGGGGGAUGUUAAAAAUAUUAAAGUUAUCUAUGGACCUGCAGCUCGAUUGAGACCCUCUGAUGUCCCAGAUAAAUACUAUUCAUUUAACUAUGAAGGCAUUGCCCGAAAUCUUUCUUGCCAGGAACCAAACCAGCACUUCAAACCUUACCUGAAAUAUUUCUUACCUAAGCGUUUGCACUUUGCUAAGAGUGAUAGAAUUGAGCCCUUGACAUUCUAUUUGGACCCUCAGUGGCAACUUGCAUUGAAUCCCUCAGAAAGGAAAUAUUGUGGAAGUGGAUUUCAUGGCUCUGACAAUAUAUUUUCAAAUAUGCAAGCCCUCUUUGUUGGCUAUGGACCUGGAUUCAAGCAUGGCAUUGAGGCUGACACCUUUGAAAACAUUGAAGUCUAUAACUUAAUGUGUGAUUUACUGAAUUUGACACCGGCUCCUAAUAACGGAACUCAUGGAAGUCUUAACCACCUUCUAAAGAAUCCUGUUUAUACGCCAAAGCAUCCCAAAGAAGUGCACCCCCUGGUACAAUGCCCCUUCACAAGAAGCCCCAGAGAUAACCUUGGCUGCUCAUGUAACCCUUCGAUUUUGCCGAUUGAGGAUUUUCAAAUACAGUUCAAUCUGACUGUGGCAGAAGAGAAGAUUAUUAAGCAUGAAACUUUACCCUAUGGAAGACCUAGAGUUCUCCAGAAGAAAAACACCAUCUGUCUUCUUUCCCAGCACCAGUUUAUGAGCGGAUACAGCCAAGACAUCUUAAUGCCCCUUUGGACAUCCUAUACCGUGGACAGAAAUGACAGUUUCUCUACGGAAGACUUCUCCAACUGUCUGUACCAGGACUUUAGAAUUCCUCUUAGUCCUGUCCAUAAAUGUUCAUUUUAUAAAAAUAACACCAAAGUGAGUUACGGGUUCCUCUCCCCACCACAACUAAAUAAAAAUUCAAGUGGAAUAUAUUCUGAAGCUUUGCUUACUACAAAUAUAGUGCCAAUGUACCAGAGUUUUCAAGUUAUAUGGCGCUACUUUCAUGACACCCUACUGCGAAAGUAUGCUGAAGAAAGAAAUGGUGUCAAUGUCGUCAGUGGUCCUGUGUUUGACUUUGAUUAUGAUGGACGUUAUGAUUCCUUAGAGAAUCUGAGGCAAAAAAGAAGAGUCAUCCGUAACCAAGAAAUUUUGAUUCCAACUCACUUCUUUAUUGUGCUAACAAGCUGUAAAGAUACAUCUCAGACUCCUUUGCACUGUGAAAACCUAGACACCUUAGCUUUCAUUUUGCCUCAUAGGACUGAUAACAGUGAGAGCUGUGUGCAUGGGAAGCAUGCAUCCUCAUGGGUUGAAGAAUUGUUAAUGUUACACAGAGCACGGAUCACAGAUGUUGAGCACAUCACUGGACUCAGCUUCUAUCAACAAAGAAAAGAGCCAGUUUCAGACAUUUUAAAGUUGAAAACACAUUUGCCAACGUUUAGCCAAGAAGACUGAUAUGGUUUUUAUCCCCAAACACCAUGAAUCUUUUUGAGAGAACCUUAUAUUUUAUAUAGUCCUCUAUCUACACUAUUGCAUUGUUCAGAAACUGUCGACCAGAGUUAGAACAGAGCCCUCGGUGAUGCGGACAUCUCAGGGAAACUUGCGUACUCAGCACAGCAGUGGAGAGUGUUCCUGUUGAAUCUUGCACAUAUUUGAAUGUGUAAGCAUUGUAUACAUUGAUCAAGUUCGGGGGAAUAAAGACAGACCACACCUAAAACUGCCUUUCUGCUUCUCUUAAAGGAGAAGUAGCUGUGAACAUUGUCUGGAUACCAGAUAUUUGAAUCUUACUAUUGGUAAUAAACCUUGAUGGCAUUGGGCAAACAGUAGACUUAUAGUAGGAUUGGGGUAGCCCAUGUUAUGUGACUAUCUUUAUGAGAAUUUUAAAGUGGUUCUGGAUAUCUUUUAACUUGGAGUUUCAUUUCUUUUCAUUGUAAUCAAAAAAAAAAAUUAACAGAAGCCAAAAUACUUCUGAGACCUUGUUUCAAUCUUUGCUGUAUAUCCCCUCAAAAUCCAAAUUAUUAAUCUUAUGUGUUUUCUUUUUAAUUUUUUGAUUGGAUUUCUUUAGAUUUAAUGGUUCAAAUGAGUUCAACUUUGAGGGACGAUCUUUGAAUAUACUUACCUAUUAUAAAAUCUUACUUUGUAUUUGUAUUAAAAAAAAGAAAAAUA